AUUAUUAGGAAGAGCACUGUUUUGUCUCCGGCCCGUCGCAGCCCCACUGCCGUGCGCCGCCACCCUGCCGGCGCACCCGGCCCCUUCAGCGCGUUCGAGGCCGACGCGCGCCGACACCUGCCGCGUCACGCUCCGGCCAUUCCUGCCCCCUCACCAUUCUGCCGCCUCCACCGCAGCAGCCGCGGCGAUGCUACCCGCAUCCUCCUCCUCCCGCUUCUCGACCACAACAUCUCCGUCUCGCUGCCGACCUGAACAACGAGGCACACUCCAUUGUUGGCCAUGCUUGAUCUCCUCAUCCUGCUGCAGUGCUGCUGCCGUGGAAGGGAGGCCAGUGCGGGAACAACCCAGACUGCGAGCGCCUUCGCGCCGAGCUCCGCCGGAUGCCGCCGCCAAACGGCCGAGCCGUGCUGCUCUUUCGCAAUCCCGUGUGGCUGCUCUGCACUUCUUGAUGCAUUUUUGUUGACAUGGUUUGCGUUUCAUUCAAACUUAGAAUGCUUCUUAAUUUCUUUUCGUUGCAUUGAAAAUAUCCAGCGGUUUAUUGGUGUUUGGGCUAAUAAAUAGAUAAACUGUUCAC